CGUUGCAGACUUCCAAGUCUAUUGUGGUUUACAUAAUAAAUAUGAUGCACCUGUAGUGUGCAAAUCCGUUCAGCAAGCAAAAAUUUUGCUUUGGAUUAUUCCAAAUAAUUUCUUAGUUAUAUAUUAAUCUUGUAAUGCAUUUCGUGAUCAAUAGCACCCCACGAUGUGGAGCAGUUCGUCCGUUUCUCUGGCUGCGGGUCGGGGUUCUGGCUCGGUUCGGCUGAUCAGCCCAACUGCGUGCACGGUAGCAACUCAUGUUGACAGUGCCAUUGAAUAUUUAAUGGUGAAGAAAGACUUUCAGGCUGCUCUGGACACGUGUGAGAGAGGACUGGAGAGUUUGAGUUCUUCUGGAGAACAGGAGGACAGUUGGUGCCUCAAGCAUGGAGAACUGAAAACAGCUUUGACUAUAGUGGGGAUUCAAGCAUUGGCUGAACUCAAUCAGUGGCGUGGAGUGCUGACAUCGGUUUUACAGCAAUUUGGAGAAAUAGAGAAAAUCCCUGCCAAAAUUAUCCAGAUGUGCAUUCUGCUCUAUGUGAAAGUAGAUGAGCGAGCAGUGAUGAAGAAUGCAGUCUGUGAUUGGCUGCACUGCUCUGGUAACAUGAGCCAAUCUGGGUUCAGCACUGUGGCUGAACUGUAUAUCCGGCACAUACUGGUACCGAUGGGCCAAACAUCUGAAGCUCUGGAGUUUCUGGACUGUGAUGUGGGUCGAGUCGCCUUCACUGAGGAACAGAGACAAGCUGCCCAGUGUUUAGUGGACCUACAAAAUGAAAAAAAUGCAUCAUUGUCCAAUCCAAAUCCUGAAUUUGUAGUUGUAGCGACAACAGCUAGUGUUUCACAACAAGAUAAGUUGAGACAGUGGCUGAAUUCUAUAAUGCGGUUGUUACACAGAGGGCUCUCAGUAGCCAGUGUGAGAAUUAGGCCUUUCUGUCGGCGAAGAGUUUUUCUGGCAUUACUGCUACUGUACCUGCUUCUUGUCCGUGUGGAUCCAGCUCUACCUUCAGCAUUCCCGUGGCUGUUCCGCCUACAUGGACUUCUAAAGCAGACUUGGAACACCAUGUUUGGACCCUAUUACAGAGCCAACGCCCGGAAUUAGGAUAGGAGAAAACUGAGGAAAUGGGUUCCUGUCUUGAAACUAACAGUGAAACGAUGUCUAAAAAUUACAGAGAUAAUUAUUACAUGCUAAUUUA